AUGUCGUCUGCAAGAGCUCUGACGGACGAUCAGGUGCAAGGAGAAUUGAAGAAGAUGGAAGCUUUUAUUACCAAGGAAGCUGAGGAAAAAGCCAAAGAGAUCAAGUUAAAGGCAGAUGAGGAGUAUGAGAUUGAGAAGGCUUCGAUUGUUCGUUCUGAAAUGAAUUCUAUAGAUUCUUCAUAUGAAUCAAAAUUUAAGAAAUCGUCGUUGGCUCAACAGAUUGCCAAGUCCACCAUAGCUAACAAGACCAGAUUGAAGAUCUUAGCCACGAGAGAGCAAUGCUUACAACAGAUUUUCGAUUAUGCCGAAGAGCAAUUGAAGCACUUCUCAAAGGAUGCAACUGCUUACAAGAAAUUGCUUGUAGGCCUUAUUGAGGAAGGUUUACUUGACUUUAUGGAACCAAAAGUGACUGUUAAAGUGAAGAAGUGUGACUUGACUGUUGCUAAAGAGGCAUGUGCCGCUGCUACUGAUAAAUACAUGACAGUCUCUGGAAGAGUUGUCGAUGUUAAAGUGCUCGAAGAUGAUUUUCUUUCUGAAAAGCUCGCUGGAGGGGUGAUUCUUGCUAAUGGUACAGGAAAGAUUGAAAUUAACAAUACUUUGGAAGAAAGGCUUCACCUACUUUCUGAGAAAGCCUUACCAGCUAUUAGACUCGAGUUGUUUGGACCAUCGACAACUAGAAAGUUCUUUAAUUAG